AGUAUUUGGUAGUGAGUAUAACAUCAGUGUAGCUGCUGUCAAUUCUGUUGGAAGAGGUCCCUUCAGUGAUCCUAUUGAAAUAGAGAUUAGAAAAGUAUCACCUUCAUUAAUAUCAUCAUUAAUGACAUCAGCAUCUGCAAGUACAGCAAUAUCAGUCUCACCAUCUUCAACAGCAAUAACAUCAGCAUCAGAGUCAGCAUCAAAAUCAGAAUCAGUAUCAGCAACAACAUCAGUAUUAGUAGCAACAUCAGUAACAGCAUCAGAAUCAGUAUCAUCAGGAUCAGUAUCAGCAUCAAAAUUAGUAUCAGUAUUAGCAUCAGAAUUAACAUCAGUAUCAGAAUCAGCAUUAGAAUCAGAAUCAGCAUCAAAAUCAGUAUUAGAAUCAGCAUUAGCAACAGUAUUAGAAUCAACAUCAAAAUUAGUAUCAGGAUCAGCAUCAGCAACAGUAUCAAUGUCAUCAUCAGUGUCAUUAGAAUCAGCAUCUAAUCAAAUACCUGUCAUUGGAGGAGUAAUAGGAGUAGUACUUAUUAUAAUAAUAAUAGUAAUAAUAACACUUUUAAUAGUUACUGUUAUAAUACAAAGAAAGAAAAGAUACAGUAAAUCUGAUAAACAACCAUUGGAACUUCCACUAACAGCACAAACAAAUAAUAUUAUAAAAGAAGACAAUAAGUAUGCUGAUUCAUUUCUUAUGAAUGAUAACAGUAUCACAGAUAAAGAUACUUCAGUAAGAGUUGAACCAGAAUAUGCUGUUGUCAAUAAGAAAGAAAAGUAUAAGAAGGAGAAAGAGACAGAAGAGGUUCCAAUACAGCAGCAGCAGUUGCCAUUAUAUGAACCAACCUACACUGAUAUUGAAGCACUCAAACUCUCACCACAUCACAUUUAUAAUGAACCAUCCUUUGAUCCAUUAAUACCAGCCACUCUACCAGUAUCAAUGGAAGAACUGGGCAAUCAUGUAGCUACUUGUCACAGUAAUGGAUUUGAAGAGCAAUAUAAAAGUUUGUAUACUGGAGAGGAUAAGUCAUGCUCCAUUGGAUACAGUGAAGAUAACAAAGCAUUCAAUCGUUUUAAAAACAUUACAGUUUAUGAUGAUAACAGGAUAACAUUGAUCACUAAUCCUAACUUGGAUAUGUGUCAAAGAGAAUACAUCAAUGCUAACUAUGUUCAUGUAAGCAUAUCAUGAAUAUACUGCAGGUAUA